UGCAUGCUAGCGCACAGUGCAUUCGUCGACUUCAAAUCCCAGGCCAGUUUUGUGUUCCUUUGUUCCAAUUCUGAAGACUGUUUGAAAUCAUGGAUUUUUAUCAUCUACUGAGGAGGUCUGCAUCACAAGCUAGACGGACUGUACAUAGGACUAUGGCUACACAAACCAAUGCUACUGUGACACAAAUUUCCAAACAUCUAGAGGUUCACCAGUAUCACCCAGAUACAAUAGAUUCUGGAGGACCUAGACCAACUGUGGUAUUCCUUCCAUGGAUGAACGCGACCCAAUCACAAGCGAAUCGCUACCGUGAGCUGUAUGCCACCAGAGGCUUCAACGUCCUGACUGUUAGGGGAAAUCUAUCAUAUUUCCUGUGGCCACAGUGGGCAAUGCCGCUGGCCACAGAGCUGGCCGACUUCUUAAAGGACGAAACCAGAGGACCGCUUCUUGUUCAUAGUAUGUCUGUAGGUGCCUACCUUUACGCAGUCACUCUAUCCGUCAUUUCAGACAACCCUGACAAGUACAGCAGCCUCGUCUCGAGGGUCAAAGGUCAUGUAUAUGAUAGCAUUGUAGUUGGAACCCUUGAAGAGAUGGCAAGGGGUGUUGGUUUGAUCGCUGCACCGAAGAGCACCAUCCUGCAGCAGGCUAUUAGCCGAUCGUGUCUGCUGUAUUUCGCUGCCACCAAGCGACACACUGUGCUACCGUACAACAGGUUCAUCGACAUGGUGCACAACUCGCCUUUCAAGACUCCCAAGCUGUGUUUCUAUUCUCGCAACGAUGUGAUGUGCCUUCCAGAAGCAAUGGAGAGAUUGAUGAAUCACUGGAGGAAUGACUAUGGUCUUGAUGUCACGGCCAUGGCUUGGGAAAACUCGCCUCAUGCCUCACAUCUGAGAACCGAUCCAGAAACCUACAAUACACUCCUCAAUGAAUACCUCAAAAAAGUGGGCUUAGAUAAGCUACCUUUGAAUUUAUCCUCAAAACUCUGAUUCAAAAGGAGAUAAAAACCACCCUCUGUUGCUAACUGAAAUUGUAUUUAGAGA